CGGCGAGUCUCCGCCGGCCGUUCCUCCGCGCGCUGCGCGCAGUCAGUACCGGUCCAGCGACCAAUUUGGAGGGCUCUUUUAAACGUUCUCGAAAACAGCCGGAGAAAGGAUAAAACAGCAACGCCGGCAACAAGGGAAAGGAACGAAACGCGAAAAGAGAGAUCGCAAUGCGGGCGAAACUGCAGCUCCUUUUAUUUGCGUUGGUGUUAGCGUCCCUUCUAGCGGACACCUCGGCCCAACAGCGGCGAAAAAAACAUCGCCGUCGUACGACCACGACGGAAGCCAGCGUUCAAGAUGAGGUCAUGAACAUGCUUGAGGCUGAUGAAAUAGCCGAGAAGGCAGCGGAGGAUACUGAGGUCACCGUUGAAGAUGGUAGGAACGAGGUUGGAUCGAAGCGUCAGAGUUUGCUCCGUAUGGACCCGUGUAUGGAUAAACACUGCGGCGCAGGACGAGUUUGCAAGGUCGUCGACGAUGAUACCGCUGAAUGUAUCUGCGUUGAGGUUUGCGACGAAGAGGUAGAUCCUAGGAGAAAAGUUUGCACCAAUUACAAUGAAACUUUUGGAAGCGACUGUGCAGUUUACCAAGCGCGUUGCUUCUGUGACACCGAUGAUCCUAGAUGCAGAGGAUCUGACUAUCAACAUGUCCACAUUGAGUACUAUGGUGAAUGUCGACAAAUGCCUAUGUGCAAAGAGGCAGAUAUGGCUGACUUUCCAAGGCGUAUGCGCGACUGGCUGUUCAAUAUUAUGAGGGAUUUAGCUGAUCGUCAAGAAUUGCCAUCGCAUUACUUGAAAAUGCAACGAGAAGCGGAAACGAAUCAUACAUUGCGUUGGUCUAACGCAGCCAUUUGGAAAUGGUGCGACUUAGACGGUCACCCCCAUGACAGGGCUGUUUCCAGACACGAACUUUUCCCCAUUAGAGCACCUCUGAUGGCCCUCGAGCAUUGUAUCGCACCAUUUUUGGAUUCCUGCGAUCUUAACGACGAUCAUAAAAUUACUCUGUUCGAAUGGGGCAAAUGCUUACAACUCGACGAGGAAGAUUUGGAUGACAAGUGUGACGAGCUAGCCGAAGCAACGAACUCCGACCAAUAAUAACUACGACGAAUUCUAAUGAUAGGCGGUAGUGGUUACGGCUGAAUACACGAACAAAAGGGACAAGAGAAAGAGUAAACAUACGGCGUACAGUAUCGAUGAAAGGGCGAGGAAUGAGAAAAAUGGCGGGAAAAGUUGCACGUAAACUGCUGCACUCGACCAACGCGCAUGCCUGCGCAGAGACUCGUCGAUAUUAUAACCCAUUCGUGAUGGUCGUGCCAACCACAGUUUUAGACAGUGCUCUCUAAUAAUAUAAAGAUGUGUACGUUAGGAACUACUCGCGAUAAUCCUAUAAUGUUUUAAUAAGCUGGAAAUCGUUCGCUGCUAUAUGAUGGUUCAAAUAGAAACGCGAUACACCUGCUCGUUUCCUUUCCCUAUAG